GCUUCAUGAACAAUCAUUUUUGAAAAAGUAUAUACCUACUGACUUGAAGUAGUGAAUAAAAAAGCAUCUGAGAUCUGUGAGGUUGUUUUGUACGGUAAAUAUUUAGGUGUCUUCCCGACCCUUAUCCAGAAAAUCCAGACGCGAUGGCUGACGACGGCGAUCUGGCGAUGAACCUUGAGUUCUGGAUGACCAACCUGCCGCAGAAGUUGAAAUCGGUGCCUGUGAUACAUCUGGCUAUACCAGGUUCUCAUGACAGUUUCACCUCGAGCAUAACGAUGAAAUCCAGAAUAGCUCCUGAUGCAGACAACAUAAUCAAAAAGAUGUCCUGGUUAGGUCCUCUGCUCAAAUAUUUUAUGGUUAAUUGGUCCAGGACGCAGAGUCUUUCAGCGAUGGAGCAAUUAGAAAAAGGCAUACGUUACUUUGAUCUACGUAUAGCUACCAAAAGGAAUACCAACGAUCUGUACAUAGUCCAUGGAUUGUAUGCCGAUAAGGUUCAGAAUGUUUUGGAUACUAUUGUCAGUUUUCUGGAGAGCCAUCCUCAAGAGAUCGUCAUUCUCGAUUGCCAGCAUUUCUACGCUUUCGAACAUUCAGACCACGAAAGAUUGAUGCAGAUGUUCAAUAAAACAUUCGGUACGAAGCUAUUGCCGUACUCUGAUCACAUAGAAUACGUUACAUUGGAAUAUAUGAUCCUCCAGUAUAGAUACCAGGUUAUAGCAGUAUACAGAUCGGAUGCAGCAAGGUUCGGCCAACCGAUGUUUUGGCCAAGCUGCAGUUUCCCAAAUCCAUGGCCUAAUACUGUCUCAACAACGAAGUUGUUCGCAGUUUUGGAUUAUGGUUUGAAGAAUAGAAAACCGAACAACUCAUAUAUAUCCCAGUGUAUUUUAACACCGAGCUACGGGUUUAUCAUAACACAUCUAUUUAGUACAUUGAAGCAAAAAUGCGCGACAGACUUCGAAAAACAAAAGUUGGACUGGAUCGAUCACCAGAAACCCGGUGAGACGGGCAUGAACGUCGUGAUAACUGAUUUCGUGGAAUUAUCCGAUUGCAAAUACGUGAAGGAUGUCAUCAACUUGAACGAACUAUUGCUGAAUAUGAAAAGUUCCGAUACAGUGGUCACGACUCUGGAUGAGUACGCAAAAUGAAUAUCUGGAGAGAUGUGGAAUGGUUCGUUCAUCGGAAGAAACUGAUUAUGACGUCAUAUUGUAAAUGAUUGCUCAUCUCGAACAACUGGUCUUGUCACUUUACAUCAACGAAUUCGGACCAGGUAGAAGGAGCAAGCUUAUGAUUUGUUGGUUACCAAAAUUACGUGGUUAGUAGUGAGGGUGCAAGUCGAUCAUGCUUAAUCUGCCAGUUUGACAGUUGUUGACGUUUCAUACUAAAUUCCUACUUGCCGGCGAAAACAUAAAAGUGCGUGGGCUCAAUACAAUUCUAGCAUUUCAGGCAGUUACCGAAAAACUUCAGUAACUUUCAGCAAGCAUUUCAACGGUGACCUUGACCUUCACCUUCAAGGUGCGUUUAUGGUCGACUUCGUUUUUUCAAAUAGAAACCGUUAUUGUUGAUGCCGUCAGUCGAAAGAACAGAAAACUCUACGUUCAGACACAAUCAAUGUCCAAGGUCAGGAUCACUACUAAAGGUCAAAUGAAGACCAAAUGUGUGCUGCUAGGUAAACCUCUAUAAAUUUCACAGGAUGAGUGAGAUUUCCGAUCCGGGACUUUUGUGUCACGCUGUAUAUUUUAGUCAACGGCGUGAUUUUGAUUUAUUUCAUUUCACUUCUUGUUUCGGUGAACACUCAGUCCCAACCUUAGGUUUUUUAACAAAAUUGUAUGUAACAACAAUGAAAAAACUAAAUAGACAAACAAGAUUUUUUGAUGGAUACUGACAAGGGUCGACUGAAACGUUAACUAAACUAAAUUGAAAUUUGACUUCAGAUACUUCAAUUUUGAAUCUAAAAGGGAUAAUUUUACGAUCUCAUUUGCUCUCAAAAAAAUUGUGAAUAUCAAAUUCAUUAAAAUAAUUUCAAAUAAUUUAAUCGGAUAAAUAUAGUGACAAUGAUAUAUCAGGAAUGUCCAUAUUAUGCUCAACUAGGUAUUUGCCUUUAGCCAGAAUCUGCUCGUACUAUUUAAAGAAAACGAGUAGAAUUCAUACAAGUUAUACUAUACAGAGUGUUUCAGUUUAUUGUUGCAUAACUUUAAGAUUCGAUAGAACUUUUAAAAUUAAUGCAUAAAGUCUAUAUAAACAUGGGUCGAAAAAUGCGUGGCUUCUGAAAUACGGGGUGUUUAAAUUUACUUUCUAAAAUAGUUUUUUCUAUGAAAAUUGGUAUACAAGGGUUUUUUGGUACGACAAACCGAACCAUGGGCAUAGUUUUACUGUAGCCGCUACUGUACAUGUAGUAUAUUAACACGUUCGCGGACACUCUAUGUGUCUAGUGUGUGCCUAAUGAGGCGCUGACGCUAUAAGCCGCACUAGUCAGUGUGCCUAUUGGGACAGUGACGGCACUUGCCGUCAACUACAUAUAGUGCUCUAACUUCAUUUUGCUGUACAUCACGUCAAUUCUGCGUAUAUUAGGAGGUUUGGUGUCCCGCUGGACACCUACUAUCCAAAUAAUAAGUGUAGUAGAUUUUUUUUAAGAGGGGGAGAGGUACAUCUUCGGACAUCGGUAGUCAUACGUAUACGUGUUGGCAGUAUGAGUCUGUUCGUUAUCGAGAGCAGAUGUAUGCAUUCGAGCUACAGCAAAAUGGACGAUAAAUAUAGUGGAUGCUCUGGUAUGAAGAGUGUGAGAGCGAAGAUGAAAGCAGACAUGAUCCAUAUAGUACAGAUGACUCCAUUGCUGAUCCAGAAUAUAUGCAACAGGACUCAGACUCUUGUACUGAUUCAGAAUACGAGAAUAUUCCAAACAAUGAUGAGCGUAAGUUGAUGCGCAUUUUUCCCAUACACAUUAGUUACGUUUGUUUGUAAAUUUUAUCUGGAACAUCACGAAAAAAGCGUAAACGGAAAGAACCUAAAUCAAAAGUUGAUUUGCCAUCAGGACAUGUCGAUAGCGAGGGCUCUGAUGAUAUCGAUGUUCUAUUAGAUCCAGACAACGAUGAACAAAAAUGGGAAGAUAAAAUAAUCGAUUGUUUAGAGUUUUCCUUUGAUUCCAUAUCAGUUGGUGUGAAAGAACAGCUAGCAAGCAAGCCUCCAAUUGAGAUUUUUGAAAAAAUUUGGACUGUUGAUGUGACUCAUUACAUUGUUCAAAAGUCAUUAAAUAUGGUGAAUUAUUAUUUGUGGGCAAUAGGCCUAAGUCCAGAAACGAGCGAUUCAAGACAUUUCAACAUAUUUCCGUAAAAGAAAUGAAAAGUUUUCUCGGUUUGUGUCUCCUUGCUGGCCAGUUGAAGUUCAAGUCUAUUAGGGACAUGUUUUCAAUGGAUCCUCUCAAUUAUCAUCCGGUAUUCCCGGCUACUAUGUCAGGUAGACGAUUUGAACAGAUUCUGAGGUGCUUGAAUUGUGCAGAUGAUGAAAAUAAGGAGGAUAAUCUCUAUAAAGUUAGUUGGCUUGUGAAAUCUAUCAUUAAGUCAAGCCAAAAUAUGUUUUCUCCGCCAGAAGCCUUAUCUCUAGAUGAAUCACUGUUACUUUUCCGAGGCCGAUUACGGUUUCGGGUUUACAUAAAAAAUAAAAAAAGUAAAUAUGGGAUUAAGUUCUAUGAGCUGUGUUCCAAUGACGGAUAUGUCCUAAAUAUAGAAAUUUAUAAAGGUAAAUCUAAUAGAGAAGAUGUCAGGGGCAGUUCUAAAAUAAAUUCUUUAGUUCUUAGGCUUCUGGAGCCAUUUCUAGAUAAAGGCCACCAUAUAUACAUGGAUAACUUUUAGGUAUAACAGUGUCCAGUUAUCGGAAAUCCUAUUGCAAAGGAAAACUCACAGGACGGGGACAUUACGCUCCAAUAGAAAAGGUAAUCCCAAAGAGGUUACUGGAGCCAAGUUGAAAUCCGGGCAGCAUAUUUGGAGAAGAAAGGGAAAUGUGUAUGUUUCCAAAUGGCGCGACAAACGUGACGUCUUAUCCAUCACGACGGGCUAUAAGCCUGAAUUGGUUGAAACUGCCAACAGGUAUGGUCAUAAAAAAACCAAGCCAUUAAUGGUCAGUUGCUAUAAUGACAAUAUGUCAGGUAUUAAUCGUGCAGAUCAAAUGAUUAUCUAUUAUUCAUGUCCUAGAAAAACAAUCAGGUGGCACAAAAAGGUUAUAUUUCAUCUUCUUGAUAUAGCUGUCUGGAAUUCCCAUUAUUUAUAUAAUCAUAGCCAGAAAGAUAACAAGACGUUCAAAGAGUUCCGAAAUGAUUUAAUAAAAUCCUUACUUGGGAUCUCUCCGGAUCAGAGAGCUGGAAGGGAAUUUGUCAACUUGAUGAAAAAAACAAAGUCUAUACAUCCAAAAAAAGUAGAGAAAAUUUGGGCCACGUUUUGAAGGCUAUACCUGUGCCAGAAACCAAAAAAGGUAAAAAAAAGAUUUAUAAAUAAACGCUGUAAACAGUGCUACCUAGAACAAAGGAGGAAGUAGACUGCAUGGCAAUGCCGUGAUUGUAUAAGAAAACCAUCUCUUUGUGUUGGAGACUGUUUUCAGGUUUGGCAUAAAGCUUGAUCGCUUAUAUUGAAAACACCUAAGUAUUUAUUUUGCUGUUUGACAAUGAAUAAAAUUUAAGGAAUAUGUAUUUAUUUUGUGUUUGUACACAUACUAUACUUCAUAAUAAAAUUUGUUUCUGUACUGCUCUGGUUAUUGUUCAUGACUUCAAUAGAAAACAGGUAAUUUAAAUGAGUUAAACAAGCAGCUAUUCGCAUGCGGCAUAUGCCGUCAAGUAUCCCAUGUGAGUGAAAUGGGUGCGUAGGGGGACAUGACGUCAUAUACCGCAUGAUUUUUUUCCAUCAUAUCUGCAUGUGUGAAAAAUUCCUGUUUGAAUGCUAUUUGAUUCAUUUUUCUAUGUUUGAUAUCAAAUAAUUUAUCAACGUGACAUUUUGAGCACACCUCAACAUUUCUCAGUGCCCCGCUAGAAAACAGUUCAUUGACGUGAUAUGCCGUCAGUGUCCGCGAACGUGUUAAAAUGACCGAAAAAUUUUUUUCUUAGUGCAAUUUUUUGCUUUUUGAAUAAAAAACUGCUUCUUCGCACUUUUCAACAUAAAAAAGCUCUCCUGUGAGUUUUCGUUAUAGUUAGCCGUUUUUGAGAUAUUUC